AUGGACUCCAUGCUAUCAGCAGAGGAGUUUGGCGAUGGAUUGCCCGUAUUGAUCAUCCACGGCUGGCAGAUGGACGGCAGAGUCGAGCAGCGCGACUUUGAGCCCAUCUUCAAGACACGACCAGGACUGCGCCGGAUUUACGUGGACCUCCCGGGGAUGGGAAAGACACCUGCAAACAAUGUCAGAAAUCUGGACGAAGUCUACAAUCGUCUGGUACAGUUCGUUGAUGCUCGACUGGGGAAAUCACAGUUCUUGCUUGUUGGCUCCUCCUGUGGCGGCUAUCUUGCACGGGCGAUUGCUCAGAGAUAUAUAGACCAAGUCGAUGGUUUGCUACUACGAGUACCACUGAUGGAGCCAGAGGAUAGCAGGCGUGAUAUAGACGCUUUCAAACCUCUGGUAACAAAUGAGCAACUCAUGUCGACGCUGUCAGCCGAAGAAAGGGAAAGUCUCGGGAAUGUUCUCAUACACACGCCUGCCUAUAUCGAGAGUCUAAAGGCAAAGUACACAGAGGCAUACAAUCCAGCAAUAGAGGCAUCAGACGACAAAGUUCUCGAUCCGAUCCGAGCAGAUCCACGUCGGUAUCAGUUAUCCGUUUCCUUGGAUAAUGAAGACGCCAAGUUCUUCGCACCCACGCUGGUUGUAUGUGGCCGGCACGACGAGAGCGUCGGUUAUCGAGACAGUCUGCGCUUGCUGGAACUUUAUCCACGAUCUACGUUUGCUGUCUUGGACCGUGGUACGCAUGGUCUUCCUAUUGACGAGACUGGUGUGUUCGAAGCCCUUGUGCGUGAUUGGAUAGCUAGGGUUGAUGAAUGGAGAAGUCGGAUGGACAGAUAG